UUAAAGUGCGUCGCACAUAGCAAAGGGUAACACAUACAGCGUCAUGGGGGCAUUCGAUCAUUACACGUAAUAUAACCUAGCAAAUGUAAAUACAUAACUUGCGAUCAUUGUAGAUAUUGAAAAUUGAAAUUACCCCGGGAUUAUGUAUUUCGUUCAGUAGCGUAACUAGGCAGAACAUAAACAUAUAACCGGAAGUAAACUAAAAAUGAGAACGCUCGUCUUAGGCAUAGAUAUCGGCACUACUUCGAUCAAAGUCGCUCUUGUAGAUACAUCGGGCAAUCAAGUGAUAGCAGAAGCUACCCGGAACACAGAAGCCAACAUUCAGACCAGUCAAGAUCGGGAAUAUCUUGCAAAUGAACAGGACGUUCAAAAAAUCAUAAUUUCCCUCCAAAUAUGUCUAUCUGCAUUACCAAAACACGAUCUUUUAGAUGUUAAACACAUUGGAAUAUGUGGCCAGAUGCACGGUGUGCUGCUUUGGCAACGUAACGGUGCUUGGAAACAUAAUGCACAAUACAAGCGGUUUGAUAUUGAGUGUAAAAGCACGAGUAAUUUAGUCACAUGGCAAGAUGGGAGGUGCGAUGAAGCAUUUCUUUCUACGUUGCCUUCACCAGAGAGUAACUGUCCCAUCUCAACAGGUUAUGGUUGCGCAACGUUAUUCUGGCUCCAAAGACACAGCCGAGAAACAAUACAAAGUUAUGAUUGUGCCGGAACAAUCCAAGACUUCGUGGUUGCAAUGCUGUGCAACCUGCACAAUCCCGUGAUGUCUGAACACAACGCAGCCAGCUGGGGUUAUUACAAUACGUCUUCACAAUCCUGGAACACAGCCAUACUCGAGAGAGCAGGUUUCCCCACUCCACUACUCCCCGAUGUAGUAUCUCCCGGGACAGAAGUAGGUCGUCUUCAGAGAGACUGGUAUACGAUUCCACAAGGGGCCAGCGUCCAUGUUGCUCUGGGUGAUAUGCAAUGCUCAAUAUACUCUUGCCUAAAACGUGACAACGAUGCAGCUUUAAAUAUAUCCACAUCAACUCAACUUGCAUAUUGUAUGCCGGAUGGAUUCGUGCCACCAAACAAAGAUGUCGCUGAGGUUAAUCCGGUGACGCAUGUUCCGUACUUUGAGGGACGUUUUAUCGCCGUGGCAGCGAGUUUAACAGGAGGGAAUGCGUUGGCUGCGUUCGUGAAAAUGCUGCAACAAUGGAUACAUGAUUUAGGCAUCAAUGGCAUUCCGCAAAGUGAAAUUUGGAAUAAGGUUACAUCUCUUGGUGAGACUAGCCCUGAUACCAAUCUUAACAUCAAGCCAACGCUGUACGGCGAACGCCACGAUCCCAAUCACAAUGCAUCAGUAGAGGGGAUCACCACUGGCAACAUAGGCCUUGGUAGCGUAUAUCGUGCCUUGUGCAAAGGAGUUAUAAACAACCUCUAUAGUAUGAUGUCACGUGAUGACCUGCGGGCAGCAUCAAUUGAUCGAGUCAUUGGUGUCGGAACGGCACUCUCUAAGAACCCUGCUCUGGGUCGGGAAUUCGAAACCCUCUACGAUGUAAAAGUUGUAUCUGGUGGAGGCGCUGAUGCAGCUACUGGUGUUGCCUUGGCAACAAUGAAACAUGUAUCUUGCCAACAAAACUGACAAUCCGGUUCAUUUAUUUUUUUGUAUAUUAAAAUACAUAUCAGUGAUAUUAUUUUGUAAAACAAUCUAUCACAGCUGCCAAUAAAGAUUUUUCUAUCAAUAUUAAAUGGUCAUUUGGGGUCAAGGUCGCAUAACUAUAAUUGGGGGACACACAAAGGAUUGGUAUCGAUAUGGU